CAGCUCUGCUUGUGUCGCGGAUCUGACAGCGCUGGUAGCUCUGGUAGGAAGACUCCGCACUCCGCAUAAGAGUCUGGUAUCGUCAGGAAAAACAUGAAGGACCCGCGGUGAGGAGGAUACGUUGACACACGCGACAUCGCGUACCUAGACGCUCAUCGCCGUCCACGUCGCCCUCGCUUCGCUUCCGCCUCGAGUCGCGCGGGUGCCUUGCGUUUUGUUUACGAUAAGCGCGGGGCAGAAGCCCUCUCCUGGAAGAGGCCCUUUCGGGGCGCGCGGAUCUCCUCGACGGCGGGUCGUCGUCGUCGGCGGCGGUUCUCCCCAGGUGCACGCGUCAUCGCGCGACCCGCGGAGUAAAGUGGCGAGACGCAUUCGCGAGGGGGGGGGAAGGGAAAAAGGAAGACACUCGGUGCGCGCGGAGACCCGGAGAGAGAGACUGGAGAGAUAAAGUGUCGCCGGACUUCGGCCCGGUGAGAAGACCAGUAGAGAUGCUGAAGCAAUUGCAGAUGGGAAUGAGAGCUUUCCUCUUAAUGGCCUCCCGCGUGUGGACCUGCAUCUGCUUUCUACUCAAGAAGCAGGUUAGAGCCAUCUCGCAGAUGCAACCAGUCAAAUAUGAAAUCUUCCCACUUUCACCUUUAUCUAGGCACAGACUUAGUAUAGUUAAAAGAAAAGUAUUAGUAUUGGAUUUAGACGAAACAUUAAUUCAUUCUCAUCACGAUGGAGUGGCAAGGCCGACUGUCAGGCCUGGUACCCCUCCUGAUUUUGUUCUUAAGGUUACAAUAGACAGACAUCCUGUUAGAUUUUUUGUUCACAAAAGACCACACGUAGAUUUCUUCUUGGACAUAGUUAGUCAGUGGUACGAGCUUGUAGUCUUCACUGCAUCCAUGGAAAUUUAUGGGGCAGCAGUCGCAGAUAAACUAGAUAACAACAGAGGUAUCUUAAGGCGCAGAUAUUAUAGGCAACAUUGUACACCUGAAAUGGGUUCCUAUACCAAAGAUCUGUCAGCAAUCUGCUCAGAUCUCUCUUCAGUCUUUAUUCUUGAUAAUAGUCCAGGGGCUUACAGAGCCUAUCCACAUAAUGCGAUACCUAUAAAAUCAUGGUUCAGCGAUGCGGGAGAUACUGCUUUAUUAAGCUUACUUCCGGUCUUGGACGCUCUUCGUUUCACGCAGGAUGUACGAUCUGUUCUAUCAAGGAAUUUACAUUUACAUCAUACAUGGUAGCAUAGCUGAGAUUAAACGAUACACUAGGUAUUUUAGAAAUGAAGCUGUUAACAGUUUCAGUUAGUGUGUCUAGCUUAGAAUUAUUAUUGUUAUUGAUAAUAGCAACAUUAGAUCGCUGCCCGUAUAAUGAGACAAUGAGAAAACCCUCUUCUUCAAUUCUUGUUUUUUUAUAUUCUCAACAAACAGCGACGAGUAAAUACUGAAGGGAGGUGAUGAAUACAGCCAAUAAUUAUGUCGGCACAAAACAUCUUAGGAUAAUUCUUUAUGUUGUACAGUCCUUAUGUGUGCAAAAUCGUGAAACAAAUCUUUUUUUUAUUUUCUCUGUUAUGUAAACCUUUGCCAAAGACCGAAAGAUACGAAAAUAGAUAGGACUGCUAGCCAGCAGGAUUUUUCGUUUUAGGUAAGGAUUACUUAAAGUUUUUAUUUAUAUGUGUAUUCUGGCAGCACACACACACACACACACACACACACACACACA